UACAGUUCACAUGGUGGUUCCCAGUAGAUCACUUCAUCUGUUACUUGUUGAUGCACCUUCUGAGAUCCUUGAAGCUGUUCUUCCGGCCCAGUACUUGUCAUCAACACGUUUCAAAUGGAAAUGAGGUACCUAAUCCCAGACACGAUCAGGAGCCGGCUGAGCUUGACUAUUUAACAUCAACCUUUUGGCUGAAUGCUCAAUUGGUACGGUGUUUAAACGGUUCUGUGUCGGGCGCAAUGCAAUCAGGCUGGGAACAAGUGCAGCAAAAGAAUGAUGCAGGUUCAGAGUCCUUUUCAGCGAUCCAUCAGGAGACGAGUGAACUCGCGGCGUUGAUGUGCUGGCUGACAAAUCUACUGAAGUCUGAUCAAAGACGAUCAAUGAUCUCAACUGAUAACCUAAGACGCCACGCCAUCCGUGUGCUGUCCAUGACGUGUCAACGAGCAGGCACCGCACGCCUGCGCUUCCAGUGGCUGGCCGGCGGACAUGCCACGCAACGGCGGCGGCAUCGCAGGCCCGACCCGCCAGCUCGAGGUGACCCCGCCGCUCCCACCGCCACGUGGGCCCGCGCAUCCGGUCGCCCCGUCAUCGCCGACUGCAGUGCGGGGCCCUCCUGAUGG